AUGGUUAACAUCUAUGAUGAUGAUGAUGAUGAUGAUGAUGAUGAUGAUGAUGAUGAUGAUGAUGAUGAUGAUGAUGAUGAUGAUGAUGAUGAUGAUGAUGAUGAUGAUGAUGAUGAUGAUGAUGAUGAUGAUGAUGAUGAUGAUGAUGAUGAUGAUGAUGAUGAUGAUGAUGAUGAUGAUGAUGAUGAUGAUGAUGAUGAUGAUGAUGAUGAUGAUGAUGAUGAUGAUGAUGAUGAUGAUGAUGAUGAUGAUGAUGAUGAUGAUGAUGAUGAUGAUGAUGAUGAUGAUGAUGAUGAUGAUGAUGAUGAUGAUGAUGAUGAUGAUGAUGAUGAUGAUGAUGAUGAUGAUGAUGAUGAUGAUGAUGAUGAUGAUGAUGAUGAUGAUGAUGAUGAUGAUGAUGAUGAUGAUGAUGAUGAUGAUGAUGAUGAUGAUGAUGAUGAUGAUGAUGAUGAUGAUGAUGAUGAUGAUGAUGAUGAUGAUGAUGAUGAUGAUGAUGAUGAUGAUGAUGAUGAUGAUGAUGAUGAUGAUGAUGAUGAUGAUGAUGAUGAUGAUGAUGAUGAUGAUGAUGAUGAUGAUGAUGAUGAUGAUGAUGAUGAUGAUGAUGAUGAUGAUGAUGAUGAUGAUGAUGAUGAUGAUGAUGAUGAUGAUGAUGAUGAUGAUGAUGAUGAUGAUGAUGAUGAUGAUGAUGAUGAUGAUGAUGAUGAUGAUGAUGAUGAUGAUGAUGAUGAUGAUGAUGAUGAUGAUGAUGAUGAUGAUGAUGAUGAUGAUGAUGAUGAUGAUGAUGAUGAUGAUGAUGAUGAUGAUGAUGAUGAUGAUGAUGAUGAUGAUGAUGAUGAUGAUGAUGAUGAUGAUGAUGAUGAUGAUGAUGAUGAUGAUGAUGAUGAUGAUGAUGAUGAUGAUGAUGAUGAUGAUGAUGAUGAUGAUGAUGAUGAUGAUGAUGAUGAUGAUGAUGAUGAUGAUGAUGAUGAUGAUGAUGAUGAUGAUGAUGAUGAUGAUGAUGAUGAUGAUGAUUAA